AUGCGCAGAGUCAUCCGCAUCGGGCUCCUCACCUCUUUGGCUGCUUCACCAGUUGCCCUUGGCGACAGGCUGGACGCUACGCGCUUUGCUGCGGCCCUCAUCGAGGUUCCGCACGCCAAUGGCUACUUCAAGUUCCUGGCGGUUGACUUCUACAGCUUCGCGAUGGACCUUCCGGCUACUAAGGUGCUUUGUGAAGAGCUCUUCGGAGCUCUCACCUGUGUGGGCCUGCCGUGGGUCUCCAUCGGGGACUACAACGCCACUCGUGAGGAGCUUUGGUCGGUCUUUUCUCAGGGGCUGGCUCGCGACUUGGACGCUGACUUCGAGCCCAGCUUCACUUUGCCACCUACCUGUACCGGCCAUCGACGCAUCGAUUGGUACCACCUGGACAUCGACGCGGCCCAGCAGGAAACCAUUGGCAGGCCCGGCAAUGUUUUGGACGUGGUGGAGCCGGCGGCCAUUGCUCAGGCUUUUGCGGCCCUCUGGAAGCCUUGUGAUCUCGCUGCGUUGGUUCGUCAGGGUGAGUUGCAAGCUGCCUGGUGCUACCUCUCCACGUGGCGCACCCGGAUCCUGGCGGCGCAAGCCAGGAGACAAAUCAUCGAGGAUAGCUUGGCCUGCUUGUUUGGGUUUCUCAAGCGGGCCGGGGUGAUGAUGAUUUGGCUGUUUUGCCUGCUGGUGGCUACUUUUCUCAUGCCUUUUCUUCUUGGCAAGGGGGGCAGAGAUGAAAUCAAUGACGAAGGCGAGUUCAUCAACGACGAGGGCGAGCUGUGGGCGGAUGCACCCUCCCAGGACUCCCCGGGCGGGUACAUCAGCAAGCAAGUCUUCCGACGCCGAUGGGCCAGC